GUUGCUGUUGCUGUUGCGGUUUUGUAUGGUACUGCACGAUUUUAGGCGGUCUUUCGGCCGUGCCUGGGCGGACUUUGGCGGUGAUACACCGUCCCAGGCUGUGUACCGUCACGAGAAUGGAGGGUCAGGAGGGCAUGAGACGUAGGCAGAGGGGCCUGUGGAGCGAUCUGCUCGAUGCGUGCGACUGUGUGCUGUGUCUGUGUGCUGUGUCUGUGUGCUGGCCCUGUGUGCUGGCCCUGUGUAGAGCGAUACGUUGACAUUGAGCAUCGUACUGCGAAGGCCCUGAAACAUCAACAAUAUCAGCAGGAUCAACGUGCCCAGUGGACAUAUAUCAGCCUAUGCGUGACAGAACGCUUGGCUUCCCUAGAGCUCGUCGGCAGCUGGCAACUGGCAAGGUUUUACUCAGAAGACGGUAUUA